UCAAAUCAUUAGUUUCAAAUUAACAGAAUGAGUACAAAAACUUUGCAAAAAUUUUGCGAAUAAAAUUAUUUUAAUCUUAUAUAUAUUAUAAAUACAUUUUUCUGUUACAUACACAAAACGUAAUACAGUUAAAUUUUUCUUGAGAUAAAAAAUACAUAAACACGUUUCAUCAUCUUUUUCCAUUUUGUACAAAAAAAUCGUAAAAAAAGGUAAUCUACACUGGAAACUUAUAAUCAUUAGGUUUGUUUCGCAUUCCUGCACUGCAUUAGUGCAAUAAAUUAGAAUAUAUUAGUCUUAUUCUAACUUAUUCCAUCAGUGCAGCACACAGUGCAGAAAUAAAAAACAAACCUAUUAUGUAUAAAAGAUGUGGGAAAAGAUUACAUAAUGCAUCGUAGAAAUUGAUUCUUUGAAAAACGUGAUUUUAAUGAUUUUAAUUUCAUAGGAGGCACAGAAAUUGGCUGCAAAAUAAUCGAUAUUCUCUAGCAAUGACGUAAAAGCAACAGAAGCUAUCUCGCCUGCUCUAAGGUUUCGCCUUUGUUUUCGUCCGAUCAAUAUUGAAAAUAGUGCGCUUUAUUCGUCAAGUCUCAUCUCAUAUUUUGGCUGCACAAAUUGCGACACUGAUCAUUAUGAUCAUGCCUUCCUCUGCGGCGUAACGAAGAGCGCCCGUUGCGAGACUCUUGUCAUAUACAUAUAGCGAGGGAUACAUACAGUUGGGAGUCGGGAGCAAGCCAACGUUAUUUCCGAGUCAGUCUACCGCCGUUGUUGGUGGCGGUACGUCGAGUAUUGUAACGUUUUGUCGUUUGCGGUUCUCCUCUGUCACAGUAGCGUGAUCGUCAAUUGGUGAACCGCGGUAGACAAUUUUUAGUUGAAAUCUUGUUUUUCUCGCCCGCAUCGUUUUCCUCCCCGCUGAUACCGAACGACAAUUACACCGCGGAAGAAGGCAAUGGCAGCGUAAUGAUGGCCAGGUGAAGAUAAACUAUUCUCGAGAACUCUUCGGUGUGAGAAAAUCGUCAUGGACCUUACCCCAGAAAACAACGUAAAUGGAACCAGUAACGGCGUCUACGAGAGUGCGAAAGAUACAUUCAACAAUGGCAAUAGCACUAUGUAUAUGGAAUAUGUUUCCCAAAUUGCUAUGGUGGACAUCGAAUUCAACGAUCUGACGUAUUCGACGCCUGAUAAAAAGUCGAAGAUUCUGAGAGGUCUCAGCGGUCAAUUCAAAUCAGGCGAGCUAACAGCGAUUCUGGGUCCUUCUGGUGCCGGAAAAUCGACGCUACUCAAUGUCCUUGCAGGAUACAAAUGCACGGACAUGGGUGGCUCGAUAAGUAUCAAUGGACAAUUACGGGACAUGAAUAAGUUUAAAAAUAUGUCAUGUUACAUCAUGCAAGAAAAUUUCACACAACCGAAUCUCACGGUUUUAGAGACAAUGUCCUUCGCUGCCGACUUGAAAAUUGGCAGAAGAAAAUCGAAAUCCCAGAAACGCGCCAUUAUAGAUGAAAUUCUAAGCACACUUAGAUUAACGGGAACGCUACAUACAAUCACGGACCAACUGUCUGGUGGCGAAAAAAAAAGACUGAUAAUCGCACUCGAGCUUAUAAAUAAUCCACCUGUUAUUUUCCUUGAUGAACCGACUACUGGACUGGACCACGUUGCCUCUAUGCAAUGCAUCAAUGUUCUCAAGAGGCUGGCGCGUUUCGGGCGGACAGUCGUGUGCUCGGUGCAUACGCCCAGCGCAAACGCAUUUCAGAAAUUCGAUCACGUCUACGUUAUAACCAACGGACAAUGCAUUUACAGAGAUUCCGCGAGUAACGUGGUGCCAUUCCUACGAAAUGUAGGCAUAGAAUGUCCAAUACAUUACGAUCCGGCGGAUUUCAUAAUAGAGCUCUCGGCGGGUGAUUAUGGAUUUGAUGUGGUCGAACGGAUGGUCACAUACGUAAACACGAAGCUACCACUUUCAAUUUUUCAAUCAAAGAGUCAAUUUGAUAUCGACAAAGAGAAAGUCGCAUGGAUCGAUCAAUUCAGCACGUUAAUGAAAAGAAUGAUAGUGCAACUUUAUCGAAAUAGAAGUUAUAUAUACCUGAAGAUAUCACUGCAUUUAUUUUUGGGAAUUAUCGUCGGCAAUCUAUAUUUUAAUAUGGGCAAUGACGGCUCCAAGGCCAUCUUCAAUUUUGGCUUUUGCUUCGCAUGUGUGAUAUUUUUUAUGUACAUGCCCCUGAUGCCAGUGUUGCUACAAUUUCCUUUAGAAGUCCAAUUAAUGAAGCGAGAGCAUUUCAACAGAUGGUAUCAUCUUAGCGCGUAUUUUUGGGCCUUUACAGUAGUCAACAUACCUUUACAGAUAAUAUUCGCAGUUUUUUGGCUCUCAAUGGUCUACUUUAUUACGGGGCAACCCUUGGAGUUGCAUAGGAGUGCCAAGUUCUUCGGUACUUGCUUCGUGUGUGCUUUCAUCGCAGAAAGUAUAGGACAUAACAUUGCCAGCGUGUUUAAUGUUAUGAAUAGCUUAUUUAUUGGACCUGUGUUAUGUUGUCCCUUACUGUUAUUUGCGACGCAAGAUUUUGGCGACCCGAAUCCUCAGCCGCUCAUCCGAACAAUUCUCAUAUACUCGAGUUACAUUCGAUAUGGACUGGAAUGUCUCUUAAUGGCCAUGUAUGAUUACGAUAGACCGAGACUACCUUGCCCAAAGGAAGAGAUAUAUUGUCAUUUCAGUUCGCCGAAGGAAAUAAUGAAAGCGAUAGGGGCGAAUUCACAGCCGAAUUUUUGGUUGGAUAUAUUUGCGCUUUUCAUUAUUUUAUUUAUUCUGAAGGGACUCUCAUAUUAUCUACUGAGGCAGAAAGUGCAACCAAACAAAGCUUUCCAGACGCUUUACAAAAUCGGAAAAAUGUUGAAUAACCAUUUUAAUAUGUGA